AUGGCCCAGGGAGGGCCCUACCCAGACCCCUGGCUGCCAGCAAACAGUGGCGAUCGCGUCCCCCGGCCGCCGCUCGCUCGGACGCCAUACCAGGGCCCCCUUAGUCGCCCCCCAGCGUCGUGUGCGCCCGGGGGCGGGGCCAGGCUCAGCCCCCGACCCCUGCGCCCCCAGGUCAACCCCAAAGGAGAGCGGUCUGGGCGCGGGGCGCGGCCGGGGCUCCGCGGCGCCGGGCAGCGGAGAGGGGGCCCGGCAUCCCCCCCCAGCGCCGCCGCCGUCGCCGCCGAGAGGAGGCCGGCGCAGCGCAGCCGACACCGACACAAAGCUCCGAGCGCCCGACGGCCUUCCCCGGGACUGAUCCCCGCGGCAGGACACCGCGCCGCGCUGGGCCACCGGGCGGGUGGACACCGAGCCGGGCGCGGGCCGGAUUGCAGCACCCCGGCAGGGGCGCAAGACCACCGACCCCCAGGGAAAGGGCUCCCUCCGCCCUUCCCCCUGCACGCCCUUCACUCAGCGGCUGGCAGUCACCCCUACUUCAACCUGCCCGACUUCACGCAGCCAUCGCCGCCCUCCACUCCACCCAGCCUCCCCUCGCACCAGCGCUGCCAGCCCUCUGAUGCCACCAAGGGUCUGCUGGUGGCCCUGUUGGGUGGGGGCCUGCCUGCUGGCUUCGUGGGCCCCCUUUCUCGUAUGGCUUACCAGGCUUCCAACCUGCCCUCGCUGGAGCUGCUCGUCUGUCGGUGUCUCUUUCACCUCCCUAUUGCCCUGCUACUUAAACUGCGUGGCGACCCACUUCUGGGACCUCCUGACAUCCGAGGCCGGGCCUGCCUCCAUGCCCUGCUCAACGUCCUCAGCAUUGGAUGUGCCUACAGUGCGGUUCAGGUGGUGCCCGCUGGCAACGCUGCCACUGUUCGCAAAGGUUCUUCCACCGUCUGCUCCGCCCUCCUCGCCCUCUGCCUUGAGAGCCAGGGUCUCAGUGGCUACGACUGGUGUGGACUGUUGGGCAGCAUCCUAGGACUAAUCAUCAUUGUGGGACCUGGACUAGGGACACUGCAGGAGGGGACCACGGGUCUCUACACCGCCCUGGGUUAUGUGCUGGCUUUCCUGGGAGGCCUGACGCUGUCCCUGGGGCUUCUGGUCUAUCGUUCUCUGCACUUUCCCUCCUGCCUCCCAACAGUGGCCUUCCUAUUUGGCUUGGUGGGGCUGCUGGGCUCUGUGCCAGGCCUCUUUGUGCUGCAGACCCCCGUGCUGCCCAGUGACCUUCUGAGCUGGAGUUGUGUGGGGGCAGUGGGGAUCCUCGCCUUGGUCUCCUUCACAUGUGUGAGCUAUGCGGUCACCAAGGCCCACCCUGCCCUGGUGUGCGCUGUCCUGCAUUCUGAGGUGGUGGUGGCCCUUAUACUGCAGUAUUAUAUGCUCUAUGAGACCGUGGCACCUUCUGACAUCAUGGGGGCAGGGGUUGUGCUGGGCAGCAUUGCCAUCAUCACAGCCCGGAACCUCAGCUGUGAGAGGGAAGGGAAGGUGGAGGAGUGAGAUAGAACUUGGGAGCCCGGGGGUUGGGAGGGGCAGGGGUAAAUAGAGGCAAAGACUGAAGACGAACAUGGGAGGACAAGUGACUGGAAAAGAACUGGUGUGGGAGAGGGUACCUCUCAGAGUCAAGGGUGACUUGGGGACUUGGUGGAGAGUGACUACCUGGAAGACCUGGAGCCAGCCUGGGACCAAGGGAUGUGGAGUCCAGGCUGGGUCCUGGGAAUCAGGGCAUAACUAAGGGGUAAAGUCUGAGGAGCAGAUCCACGGCAGGCAGGCCGUGGGCCACGGGGAGGACUUCACUCAGCAGCAAAGAGAAGAGCAUUGGGGCUGGAGUGUUCCGGCAAAGACAGAGCCAGCAGCUGCGCUGGGGGAGGGGAGCGUGCCUCCCCACCCCUCCCCUCACGGCGAAGGUUUCCUUUUCUCGUGCUUGUGCCCCCCCCUUGGGGUGGUGACGUGACAUUGACAUCAAACAAGGAUUACUCUGAAUGUGGCUGUGCAGUGGUGUCGUCUCUGCUUUGGAGGGAGAGUGGAAGUCCUACGACCGUUCUCAUUGGAGAAUCCCUUGGGAUCCCCGCCCUCCAUUUUAUUCCUGAAAUAUUCUACAGUGUGAAGGAUUUCCUAAUGUUCAGAUGCCUUGACCCCAAAUCCCUCAGGACUUUCGUGGCCCGCCCCAUGGCUAAUCUGCUUUUCUCGGAUUGUCACGGUCCCGUGAUCUCUCCCGGACAGUGGCCAGGCUCCUUCCAGAGCAGGCCUCCGAGCUGAAGUCUCUUCGAGCGGCUCAGGCCAUGGAUCUAGGACCAUGGUUCGGUACGGCGCGGCACUAGAGGCCAGGAGAUGCCCACCCGUCUCUGGGGGCCGUUUGACCAACAUCGGCUACUUCCGGACAAGCCACUGGUCCCGCCAUCUUGGCUUGUUCAUGCAUAUUCAGCAAGAGAACUGCAUAUUCAUGAGCAACCGCCCUCCCCCGGGAGCCCACUCGGGAGGACCCGCCCCA